AUGGAAGGAAGAGUGAAAGAAGUAGAAGAAAACUUUAAAAACUUAACGGAGAAAGUGGCAAGCAUGGAUGACAGAUUCAUAAAAGUGGAACACCAUACAGCUUUCCGAUUUGAUAAGCUUGAUGAAAACUUACACGAGAUAAGGCAGUUGCUGCUUAAAGACAUGAAGGGAAAGGAGAAUGAAACAGUAGCAACAUCACCCACUGUCAUCCAGGAACCACCGCAGAAUUCCCCGGAGUUGGCAACGAAUGGAGGAGACUUUGGAUUUCAACAACCGAUACCUCCACCACAACAACCUCUAAACCCUUACAACUAUGGUGUAGUAUUUGGUGAAUCUUCCAGAAACCAACGGCCACCACGUUACGCCGCAGUAGAGUCGACGAAUAGUCGUGACCAGUAUCAUCGAAAGCAAGUUCGGCCCAAAUCAUCAGUGCCCCUUCAAACAACUUUGUUUGAUGCUUGCGAGGAUGAUGAACAGGAAGUCACGAAAAUUCCAAAUGAAGACAGCCAACCCAAGUUGAGACAAGGUGAUGAAUUGGAGCUUUCUCGUCAUUUUGUUGCUGGUAUCAGUACCCUUAAGACUUUGAAGUUUCUCGGUAAGAUUCACAAUUCCUCUGUCGUCAUUCCGGUUGACUCCGAUGCCUCCCACAGCUUUAUUUCUCAGCAAUUGGUCCACCAAUUACAGCUUCCUGUAUCACCAACAAAAUUUCAGGUGGUAAUUGGAAAUGGUAGCACGGUCACUGGCGGAGAAAAGUGUCUAGGGGUCAAGCUAUUGUUACCAGAGAUGGAAUUUAUUCAUGACUACUAUGUCUUCCCGUUGGGCAACAUGGAUGUCAUUCUUGGAGUCGAUUGCCAUUGUUAUUGGAUUGAGUUGGCUGCCUCGGAAACAAUUUUAGAAGAGUGCUCAGAAGCAGUUCAGGGAAUAUUAGCAAAUUUUCAGCAUUUAUUUGAGGAGCCCACUGGUUUACCGCCACGUCGGACACAUGAUCAUGCCAUUCAUUUGUUUGAUAGAGUCGCACCACCGAAUCCACAGCCCGUUUUCCAGUCCUAUUCUUCUAAUGCAAAAGAAGACGGUGGUUGGCGUUUCUGUGUCGACUGUCGCGCCUUCAACAAAAUUGCUGUUCUAGAUAAGUUUUCUAUUCCCGUUAUAGAUGAGCUUUUAGAUGAGUUAUCUGGUGCUACCAUCUUUACUAAACUUGACUUAAAAUCUGGCUACCACCAAAUCAAAAUUGUUGAUUCUGACGUUGAGAAAACAGCUUUUCAGACACAUAACGACCAUUACGAGUUUCUUGUAAUGCCUUUUGGGCUGUCUAAUGCCCCUGCCACAUUUCAGGCCCUAAUAAAUGAAGUCUUUCGAGCUCAUUUACGACAGUUUAUUCUUGUCUUCUUUGAUGAUAUUUUGAUUUAUAGUAGAGAUGUAACUGCUCACCUAGAUCAUUUGAGUUUAGCCCUACAGUUGCUUUCAGAUCAUCACCUGCUUCUAAAUAAGAAGAAAUGUUCUUUUGGGGUCUCUCGCUUGGAGUAUCCGGAUCACAUCAUUUUAGUUGAGGGAGUGGCUGCUGAUCCCCAGAAAAUUUAG